AGAACAGCGCUUCCACUCUGCCUCUGCGCUGGGGCCAUGCCCAUGCUCCUCCACUACCGCACUCCGUGGAACUCGGCUGAUUCCGAGAAGUUCUGCUUGGGGCCGUUCCAGGCAGGGACGGGACCAUGAUGAUCCACAUGUGCCCCGGACUUGCGCACAUGACGAUGGAGAUGCUUGGCAUUGAGAAGAUGCGAUGAAACGUUUACAGGCGUCAAUCGGACCGACAUCAGGAAGUGUGACCCCCGCCGCGUCCACGGAACCGGUGGACAUCGCCCCCUCCCCCCACUCUGGACCCUCCGACGCCCAGCCUCCCCCGGUAGGCCUCGCAGCGGCAGUAGGAGGGAGCGACGGAUUCGGCAAGUACCCGGCGACGCCCGGUUCCGCGCUCGCCCACCCCAGGGUCAUCCCCGUGCCCGUCGCCGCCGCUUUGAGCAGUUUGUCGUCGCUGACGACCGCUGCCGUAGCGGCUUCUCGAGUUCCCACUCCAGGGACGAAUCAAGCAUUUGCAUUGAAGCCGGUGAUUACGACCGCCCCUGCCCCUUUGGUUGCGUCGAUCCCCGGUAAGGACUCUGGUAGCACCAUCACCAACAGUGGAGUGACUGCUUGCAAUACCGGUACGGUCGUGUGCACGCCGCCUCCCCCAGCUCCUAUGCAAGCCAGUGUCCAGCAGUACCCCAUUCAAGCGGGAUAUCCGCCCAUUCCGCCGUCUCAGCAUCCGCCUAAUGUGAUGCCUCCUUCGAUGGGACCUGGAAUUCAUCCUGUUCCUGGGCCGGGGCCAGGGGUUCUCCAUGGCCAUGCUGUGGCGCCCGUGCCGGGAGCGCCGACGAAGGUCAUCCCUACUCCUGCCCGUUCCAACCCAGUCCCGUCGCCUCCAGCUCCACCCGCACGGCAAAGGGUUCACGGACCCUUGGGAAGUCCGUCGCCCCCGUCAGGUCCGCCUCUCCCUACGUCUCAGCAACAGCAACAGCAGUUCCAGAGGCUGAAAGUGGAAGAUGCCCUUUCCUAUUUGGACCAAGUGAAAUUCAAGUUCGGUAAUCAACCUCACGUCUAUAAUGACUUCCUUGACAUCAUGAAGGAGUUCAAGUCUCAAAGCAUUAAUACCCCAGGAGUCAUCCAGAGGGUGUCAAAUCUCUUCAAAGGGCACCCAGAGCUGAUUGUUGGGUUCAACACCUUCCUCCCUCCUGGCUAUAAGAUUGAGGUCCAGACCAAUGGCCAGGUCACGUGCCCAUCAUCGGGGAAUGCAACCCUACACACGACAACAGUGGUGCACACUCCUCAAGGGAUUCACACGCAUCACAGCAGCAGUCCGGCUCCUCUUACGCUGCCACCACAGCCAUCUAUUCAUCCUGCACCCUCAGGACCUCCAAUAGGAGCACCAGUUGCCCCAACUGCCAUUCCUCCCAGACCUCUCAUACCACCAUUGGUAACCCCUACAAAUGUACCACAGAGUAAAACACCACCUCAUCAACCUCAAGGAGCCCCUCUUCCUGCUCACAUCACGAGCACAACACCUCGGACAUCACGUGAGAGUUCCCCCCAUCUCGUGGGAGAACCGAGCUACCUCCCUGCACCUCCUCCACAUGUUCCUCCUCCUACCAUUUCUGGUCCUCCAGCAUCUCACCACGUUCCAACAGUACCUGCUCUUCCACCUUCUCAGCCAGCUGAACCAAUUGUGCAGCAAAGAUCUCCUCAGUCACUUGUUGCACCACCCCCUGCAGCACCUCAAAAUCAGCCCGAAUUCAACCAUGCCAUUAAUUAUGUGAACAAAAUCAAAAAUCGAUUUCAAGGGCAGCCUAAUGUGUACAAGCAAUUUUUGGAGAUAUUGCAUACCUACCAGAAGGAGCAGCAGCAUCAACGAAGCAUGAAAGAUGGUGGACUAGGCCCUGGCUUUGGGAAGAGCCUCAGUGAGGCUGAAGUUUACACCAAGGUUGCUAGACUCUUUGAGAACCAAGAGGAUUUGCUGCAAGAGUUUGGUCAAUUCUUGCCUGAUGCCACUAAUGGAUCAAUGUUUGGUGAGGCAUGGACUGCUUUCAAGGUGAAAAAGCCGGUGUCAUCAAAGGUCACAUCUAAUGAUCACGUGUCGGCAUCCAAGCGGCCUCCUGUGAAAACCCUUCCCAACUCUCAGAGUACAUUCCAUCCCCACAAUCAGGUCAUCCCACCUGUUCCACCAGCCCCUGCAACCAAAGCCCCCAUGCCCAAUGCCUCCAUUCCUCCUUACCCACCUGUGAAGAGACCUCCUGGUCUGUUGGGUACUGUCCCUGGACAGCCACAGUUGCCAGGACAGGGACAACCACCUGCAAAGAAGCCUCGCAUGACAAGUAUUAGGGAUGUCUCAUUGGCUGAGGCUGCCAAGUAUGGAACCCUCAAUGAAUUUGCAUUCUUCGACAAGGUUCAUAAGGCCUUGGGGACUGGUGUGGUGUAUGAGAAUUUUCUUCGUUGCCUCCUGCUAUUUAACCAAGAAGUGAUCUCAAGAGGAGAACUGCUACAAAUUGUUCAACCCUUCUUGGCUCGGUUCCCUGAUCUCUAUCGAUGGUUCAAAGACUUCAUUGGGUUCAAGAAUGGUGCACAUGCUGUCAUUGAACCUAUUCCCAAUUCAGCUCUGAGAGAGAGGUCCGACAAAGUUGGCUUGGCACGAGCCAUGGAAAUAGAUUAUUCAACAUGCAAACGACUGGGGGCAAGUUAUUGUGCUCUUCCUAAGACCUUUGUCCCACCAAGAUGCACUGGUGAGACAGAAUUGAGCAAGGAGGUGCUCAAUAUGACAUGGGUCUCAUUCCCAUCCUGGUCUGAGGAUUCAACAUUUGUCAGUUCUCGCAAGACCCAGUUUGAAGAACAGAUCUACAGAUGUGAGGAUGAACGCUUUGAGCUGGACACAGUCCUGGAGCUUAAUGCUUCUGCAAUCAAGUCCUUGGAAGGAGUGAUGAAAAAGAUCUCCCAUAUGUCACCUGAAGAACAGGCCAGGUUUCGUCUCGAUGAUACUCUUGGUGGCAGAUCCACAGUCCACAAUCAGCGUGCAAUCAAGAGGAUCUAUGGGGAGCGAUCUCCUGAAAUCAUUGAAGGGCUAAAGAAAAAUCCAGCUGUUGCCAUCCCAGUGGUCCUGAGGAGGCUAAAAAUGAAGCAAGAGGAAUGGCGCGAGGCACAGAAGGGUUUCAACAAGAUAUGGAAUGAACAGAAUGAAAAGUACUUCCUCAAAAGUCUGGAUCACCAAGGUAUCAACUUCAAGCAGACUGAUGUGAAGUACCUUCGCAGUAAGAGUCUUCUGAAUGAGAUCGAGACUCUGUAUGACGAGCGAACGGAGCAAGCAGAAGAUAAUGGGAUGGAUGCACCAAGUGGACCACACCUCACUUUGGAGUAUCCAGAUCGAUCCGUGCUCAUCGAUGCAGGGAAUCUCAUGAUUCAUCAUGCCAGGCGACAACCUGGAAUCACCAAGGAUGACAAGCGUCGUAUAAAGACCAUCGUCCGCCACACUGUCCCUGAUCUCUUUCACAUGCCACGACAGGAGCUCUCAGAUGAUGAGGAUGAAGAAGAAGAUGGGGAAGGAGGGAAUUGCAAAGAGAGUGAGAAACUAGUAGAGAAGGAGCCUAAUGAAAAGAGACGCAAUUGGAAUCAGACUGAAGAAACAGAACAUGUCAGGAGCAAGGAUUCCAAGAAAGAAGGGAAAAAAGAGCAGGACUGUAAGUCUCCUGAAUCUGACCCAGACUUCCCUCCAUCGAGUGAAUCAGCCAUGGCCUAUUCCAACAAUCCGGAUGAGGAGUACAGUAUGUUGCUGGGCAAUAAUCCCUGGUAUGUGUUCCUGAGGCUUCAUCACCUGCUCUGCACUCGAUUAGCCAAAAUCCUCCAUGCUGCAGCAGGUUUGGCUGCAGAAGAGAAACAGGAGAAGAAACAGCAAUCUCCCUCAGUUGCUGUUGCACUGAGGCUCAGACCCAAGAGUACGCUUGAAAUUCCAUGUCUUCAAGUGGUAUCAAAUGCAGCUGCACAGUUUUUUCAUACCUUUUUUUGCAUUAUUUUUGCCUCAGGAGAGAUUGAGAUUGAAGACUAUUAUCCAGCCUUUCUGGACAUGGUGAAGAAUUAUCUGGAUGGGAAUCUGGACUCAAGUGCUUAUGAGGACACCCUGAGGGAAAUGUUUGGCAUUCAUGCAUAUGUGGCCUUUACCCUUGACAAGCUCAUUUCUAAUGCAGUUCGACAGUUACAAAACAUUGUGACAGAUGAGGUGAGUACCAAGUGCUGGACACUGUACCAAACCCAAGCAAGCAAAAACGCCACAGGUGGUCGUGUGGAUACUGCUCACAUGAGAUAUGCAAAGGAAUAUGCAUAUCAAAGGAAAGGGGAAAUGCUUCUGCCUGAUGAGAACUGUUUCAAGAUCAUUAUUUUCAAGAAUGAUUGCAAGAUGAGCAUUGAGCUGUUGGACACUGAUACACGUGAAGAGAGUGAUGGUGAGCGGGAUAGCAACAUCCAUGAAGCAGGGAAGUGGUCUGAGUAUGUGGACCAAUACCUGAGGCAAGGAAGAGAGGAAUCUGAAGAUAACAACAAAGUCAAAUAUUCUGGCAAUAUUAGUGAUAAAUUGAGGGAGGUUCUCCUGCGCAAGCCAGUGUUUUUACCAAGAAACCUGAGCAGGUGUCCAAGGGAUCGAAUUCGGUUCAUCGCUCGAGAUCACCCUCAAGAUGGCAACAACAGGUUACGGCCUACUGUAGAACUGGAGGAGGGGAAGGAGUAUUUAGACCUCCUCCUGGAACCCCUGAAGGAUCGGAUGAAGGAGACUGACGAAGCCGAGAAGGAGCGAGGGCCGAUCGUUGAAGACAACCUCCAGUGCCGAUUCCAGCUCAAUAAUCGGCGGAUGGUGUUCGUUGGCAAUUCUGCAUUUCAUUUGUACCACGAGAAGGCACUGUCGAGGGCUCACCAGAGUCAUGAGCCAGUGUCGCACAGACUGAAUUCUCGGUUUCGUGAUUGGCAUGCAAAGUGGACUUCGGAGCAUGUGAGUGACAGCCAGCAGAAGUCCACUUUGGAGUGGCUGCUGGGGAAACGGGACAGCCUCCGUACAAAUAGAACGGAAGUGUUUACGGACAACGACGUGAAGCGGCCGCCGUAUGUGACGUACAAUCGCUACCGUGUCGUCCCCGGUCCGGGGUUCUCGUCGGACCGCGAUCGCCGCGACGAUGGCACAUGACCUCGCUCUGUCUUUUUUCUUGCCUCUGCAGACCUCUCUUCAUUCGCUUGGGGCCCCAAUGCCACCUCAGUCUGGUAUAUACCAAGGAGUAUAUAAGAGGCUACAAGUGAAACAAAUCUAAAGACAUUUAUGGUCUGCUAUUCCCUCCCCCCUCUGGUGCAAAGCAUUGUUUUUUUGAUGCUCACUUUUAGGCAAGGAAAUUGGGGCCCCAUGCCGCUCAAGUACAAAUGAGGAUGGUUGAAUUUGAUUGGUUUAGCUGUGAGCAGAGCUGGAUGCUGACGGUGCUGCCCUGCCUGCUGUCUCUCGUUCUUUGUUCCGACUUCUGGUUUUCUUUUCAGGUUUUUUUCCGUCUUUCUUUCUCGAUGAGGGUCAAGAGUAUCUAUUUUUUAAAGAUGUGAAAAAGAGGGGCAGGCCGUGAUAGGAACAGUACCUGCCCAGGAUUCAUGCUGGCUUUUCUCUUUCUCCUUUCCGCCCUUAUUUUUGGAAAUGCCCGUCUCCAUCCCCCUCUCAUGAGUCAUGACCAUUCCUGUGGGAACAUGUUGAAUCCAUGCAAAGCGAAUGGAUUUUUUUUUAGUGUAUUAAUAAAACUGAGAGGUUUUUCCUUUUCCCA